AUGGAGGAUGAAGAUGGCACUUGUUUACUCGAUGUUUUGUGUGACCCCCAAGCCCUGAACGACUUCCUUCAUGGAACCAAUGAGCUGGAGAAUGAAGAUCUGCUCAUUUCUGCCACCUCCGGGGAACCGUCCCUGUUUGCAGAUGCCCCUAGCCCCGUCUCCCUCUUGGCGGGCCACGCCCCCUCACAGGACACCCCGCCCCCGGGCUGCGUGGACCUGUCCUUCCUGGAGGAGGCGCUGCUGGGCUCCCCCGAGGGCGGAGGGGCGCCGGGGUCAGUGGGGGGAGGCCGGGGGGACGAGGCGGAGGAGGAGGAGGCCUGCGACAUCCUCCAGCAGAGCCUGCAGGAAGCCGACAUCACCGAGCAGACGCUGGUCCUGGAGGCGGGGCUGGCUCCGCCCAGCGAGCCGCUGUCGCUCUACCCGCCCGGCGCGGUGCUCGCCCAGGCCGCCUCCCACUUCCUGUCCAAGCCGCUGAGCCUCCCCCCCGCGCUGCCGGCCAUGCCCCGGGACACCCAGGCGGCCGUGGAGCCCCCCCAGCCCUCGCUGCUGGCCGUCGGGCCCGGCUGCCCCUCCCUGAAACCGGCCGCCCCGCAGAUGAUGGGCCUCCUCCCGGGCACCGUGUUCCCCGCUCCCCCUCCUCCCGACGCCUCCUUCUCCCUCAGCCCCGCCCAGGGUUCGGGAAUGCUCAUCCAGAAGGCCCUGCCCAGCCUGACGGGGCGGCCCCUGCUCGCCCCCACGCUGAGGGCCACGGCCACCCACGGCAUCCUGCUGCCCCGGGGGCCCCUCCCCAUCCAGCCCAAGCAGCCGAUCAGCAUCCAGCCUCGCCUGGUCCAGAUCAGCCCCAAGCCCACCGGGCAGAAGACGACGGCGUCCCCGGGCCUCGCCUUCGUACCCGGGGCGGGGUCCCCGAACAUCCUGCUGUCCCCGAGCCUGGGCCCCAAACAGCAACCUCCCGCCCCGAACCUGAGCAAGCCGGUCAGCCUGCAGCUGCUCAACCAGGCUGGCUCCAUCGUCAUCCAGCCGCCGGGCCUACUGCAAGGCCCCAACCAGUUUCUGCUCCCCGGCCAGACCCCCGUGUCCAUGUCCCAGCCGGGGGGUGUGGCCCGGCCCCUGCUCUCCGCCACCAGCCCCCAGGGUCCCUCGGUGCGGGGCGGGGCACCCUCCUCGGGACAACUAGUGGACGGCGCCCAGAUCCUGACUGCCUCGUCCAGGCAGCUAAACUUCAGCCCUGUGUUCACCACCCCCGCGGGACAGCUGGCCGUGCGGCAGGGCGCCCUCCUGUCGGGGCCCCUGCAGCUGCAGUCCGCGCCCCCCACCGUCUUCCAGAUGCCGGCGCAGUUGGCGGGGGCGUACCCGCCCCAGGGGCAGGGGCAGCGGGGCACCCUUCUCCACGGCGCCACCCUGGGCAACCAGAUCACCCUGAUCAACAGCCCGGCCAUGCUGGCCCCCGACAUGGCCUCCAUCUCCAUCGUCAACGGGCCUUCGGUGGUGCAGGGGCUCCCCUUCACCCCCCAGGCCCAGCAGGAGAAGCAGCUGAACCUGCCCCAGACCUCUGUUCUGCUGCUGCCCGACAGGACGGGCCCAGAGGAGCGGGCACCAGUGGAGGAGCCCUUCCUCCAUCUUCCACAGCCAAACCAGCAGCACCUCCUCCAGCACAAUGCCCCGCCGCCCCCCCCGGAGGUCCAGAUGCCCCCCUCGGUGGUGACCCUGCUACAGCCGCUCCCUGCGCCGGCCCUGCACCGGGACCCCGCCGUCCCGCCCAAACCCCAGCCAGUGGAGAAGGAGGUGCAGAAGGAGGUGCCCAGCCUGCUCCCGCAGAAACAGAGCCUCCUCCGUCACAUGCACCAGCAGGCCCUUGUUCUUCCCUCGCCCCCCGCCGAAAACGUUCCCGGGACGCUGCCGGCGCAAACGUCCCCGCCUUCGUCCUCCCCUCCCGCCGCAGCCAAUCAGAGGGAAGACACCGCCCCCUCGCUCCCCGCGAUUGGCCAGACGGUCGCCCUGGCCGUGACGCCGAGCCCCGCCGCCGUGGCGACUCCCACGCGCACCGGGGCGGAGCAGACGGGGGCCGUGAUUGGGCAGAGCGCGCCGGGCCCGCCCCCCGCGAGCUUCCCCUCUCCGUCCGGCGGACAGACGGGGACUCUGCCGAGACCGGGGCAGGGGAAGGCGGGCGUCCAGAUACGAGCCGGGGGUCCGGGAGGCCUGGCCCCCUCCCCGCUGCCCGCGGGCCACUCCGUCCAGCUGCAGCCUGCUCCUCUGCCCACCCCCAUGGGCCCGCGGGCGCAGCCCGAAACGGCCAUCCAAGCCCCCGUCCCGCAGCGCACACAAGAGCUAGCAGCAGGCUUGGCGGUGGAUGCUAGCCUGUUUGCCCCAGCGCCGCACGCUCUCAGGCAGGCAGGGCCAGAGGCCCCGGGCCAGGCGCUGGCUCAGCAGAGGCCGCAGGUAACGGCGUGUGUGGAAACAGAGAGGGAGGAGAGACUCACCCUGGCCAUGCGCAGACACAGGGUCCAGCAGCAGUUGUGCCAGGACAACGCCGCGGUUCUGAGCCCUGACACUCGCUCCCCGUUCCUGUCCCUGGAGGACGCCGUGAGCCGCCUGCUGCCGUACCACACCUGUGCGGGGCACCUGCCCGGCACUGCCGGCUUCCUCACAGUGGACGAGCAGUUUGACGCGGUGUCCGGGGUCCUGCUGAAGCGCACAAAGGACAUGCUCAACAAGUACCGGCAGCUACUGCUGGGAGAAGCGCAGCAGGUGAGCCCGUCGGCAGAGAUGGUGAUGCUGGAGCGUCUGUUCCUGCAGGCGGAGAGGGGGGUUCUGGGAGAGGAGAGGCGGAAGGCGCGCAUGGACCCAGACUCCUUCCUGCUGUCGCUACGGAAACCGGCGUCCGGCCCAAAUGACCCGGCCCCCCCUGCCCCGUCAGCCCCACCCGCCUUCCUGAAGUCCGGCAGCCCCCCCUCGACCCCGUCCUGGGCCCUGCUGUCCAACCGGCCCCCCGGGCUGAAGACGUACCGGUCCAGCAACCGAGGGGCGCUCAAACUCACCAUCAAGCAGGAGUCGGGCUCCCGGAAGGUGGUGCACAAUUCGGCCUGCGACUCCGCCCCCUCCGGCCCCCCCGUCCACAAGCAGGACGCCGCGGGGAGGCUGACGAACGGGGGAGGGGUCCUGAGCGGGCGCGGCUCGGAGUUAUGGGACGCGCCUCACCCCCAAACCGGACACCCGCAGCCUCCCGCCUGCCCCCCGCCCCCGCCCCUGACCCUGCCCACGGCCGAGGAGGUCCAGCACCCCAAAAACAGUGUGGGGCCCAUGGAGGUUCAGGCAGCGGCUAAUUCACGGACCCCCCCGCACUCUCUGGCCGCCGCGGAGCCGCAGACGGUCGCCGCUUCCGAACCGCCCCCUCCGGACCCCGUCCUGUGCCCCCCUGAGCCCAAACGACCCCGCCCGGACCCCCACCCGGGGCCGACGAGCCCCCUGCCCCUCCCGGAGGACAGCACCCUCAGCGAGCACCUGCAGAGCGCCAUCGACAGCAUUCUGGAGCUGCAGCGCCUGCAGGGGCCUCCCGCCCUGCAAGCUCGCCCCCCUCAGGACCGGAGGGGAACUACAGUGCUGGAGCAGGCCGUCAGCAGCAUCCUGGAGGGGCAGCUGUAG